AUGGACUUCAUUCCAAACCGCCUGCUCCUGGGCAUUCGAGACGCGAAAAGCUCUGUACCUAACCUGGCGAAUGGAAACUCCCCGACAACGACCACCGACGUCGUCGGCUCCAAGGUCACCCAUGCUCUGGGCAAGCUGGCUCAAGCAGGAGUCGCCAACGAUGCCGUGACCUCAGUCCUCGGCCUGCCAACCACUACAUCUACUCGGUUCCCAGAAAAGAUCACUCAUGCGGCGGAAAAACUGACCAGCGCCGGACUGAGUUCUGACAGCACUCCUUCUUCCGCAACAAAGCACAGCAGCGGUCUUGCCACAAAGUACAUCAUUGUAAUUGCUGUUGUCAGCGCCGUCGUCCUUCUCGUCCUCUUGACUGGUGGUUGUAUGUGCUGGAGACGGUACAAGAGAAGAAGAGCAUACAACAUGGUGAGCAGGGGCGUGGACAAAAAGGGCAAAGGAGUCAUGCGCGAGAAGGAGGACAUGUUCAAUGCCGAUAUGGGAGAGGCGGAGAGUUUCAACGUGGAUGGUCAGAAGCUGACAGAGCGCAACUUUGAGAGCGGAUAUGACAAGGUUGACACCGGUUAUGAAGGCACGGGUUAUGGAGCAGUGGAAGAACACGGUGACGAACAUGGUGGCGACAAGAGGGCAAGACUCGAGGCAUGA